CAACGAUAUAUAGCGAGGUGAGGGGUAGCUGCGCAGCAUAACCCAACACACUGAGGUGAACCUAGUUGCAGACUUGCAGUUUACCUGUGGUCGUCUGCAACCUAGCCAGCAUUCCCAAGCAAUGAGUUACCUGCUGAAGAAGAUCAGGAGCGAAACAGCACAGCAGAGACCGUCGUCCUCACAAGAAGAGCAGGCAAAGCACCUGCAGGUAAAUGAAGUGCGGGAUCUCCUCGGCGAACUGACGGAGGAGAUGCCGAGCUUCCUGUCAGACACCACCAUCAGCCGUUUCCUCCGAGCGAGGAACUGGAGCACGGAGCAAGCGACAAAGGGUCUCAAGGAAACUGUCAAGUGGAGGCGUGAGUACAGGCCGGAUGCUAUUUCCUGGGAAGACAUUGCAGAAAUGGAGGACGAGCCCAAGAGAACACAUGUAGCCAACUACCUUGACAAGAAUGGAAGAAGUGUCUUCGUAUCGAACGUACCGAUGAAGUCUAAAGUAUCUUUCAAGGACCAGAUAAAGCACCUGGUAUAUCUCCUAGAGUAUUUCGCUACGAACUCGGCAAAUGAACAAGACGACUAUGUUGUUUGGUUGACGGACUUCCGAGGCUGGUCAAUAUCGAGUACACCAUUCUCGGUCACCCGUGAAUCCAUGCACAUAAUUCAAAACUAUUACCCAGGGCUGAUAGCCGUCGCUAUUCCUUUCGACCCUCCAAGGAUUUUUGAAUCUUUCUGGAAGAUAGUUAAGAACUUCAUCCAGCAAAACAUGAAAGAGAAAGUCAAGUUUGUGUAUGCUAGCAAACCAGAGAGCAUGAAGAUAAUGGAGGACCUCUUUGACUUAGAUACUCUGGAGUCUUCGUUUGGUGGAAGAAGCACCACUACUUCCUUUGACAUCAACAAGUACGCCGAAAAAAUGAGAAGAGCCGACAAGAUGAGAGGAGCAUCCAAAAAUGCAAAGGGCUAAAACUGAUCUCCCUGACCAUGAGUCCAUGACUGAAUUCAAGUUCUUGUGGGUUGUACAUGAACUUAAUUAGCUAAGCAGUUCUAUAUAUAUGUACCCCGCAACUCACGAAUAUACUGAUUGAACUCUCUUAAA